AUGGAGCAGAUUGGGUCACAUGGACUGCUAAUCUCGGGUGUGAGUGGUGUCGGGAAGUCACUGGCGUUGGUGGCUCUGCACCGUGAGCUAGUACGACAGAAGAUUGGAACGUGGCGAACUGAUGGUAUGUCGCUAGUAAUGGGAGCAGAGAGUCCAGCGUUCCCCACAGCCUACGAGUAUUUGACCCACGCACUGGAACAGCACUUCCCCGAGUUAGGAUCUCUAAUUGGCCAUGUGACCGAUCAAACUUCAUCUACGUGUGCUGGCGUUGUGCUAGUUGACGACUUAGAUGUGCUUUUCCAGUCGGCGGACGGUCAAACUGCUGAUGGCUCGAACACGCUGAUCCCGCAACUUGGCAGCGCUUUGCUGCGUUUACUUGACGAGCUCAGCUCGUGCAACUCACGUCUCGUUGUUAUAGGAACGACUGUGAGUGCCGAUGCGAAUGUGCCUCUUGUUGCCAAGCGUACUGGACGAUUUGGAAAGAUAUUGGACCUAGUCGUUCCCACCGAACAAUCCCGCCGUGAUAUCUUGAGACGGCAUCUCGUCGGGCUGCCACUACGAAGUGAAGAAGAAGAAGCUUCAACUGAAAAGAGUGCCGCAAGUCUGGCCUCGCGUCUGGCUGCUCUAACCGGAGGUUACGUGGCGAAAGACUUUGUGCGUAUCUUCGGAUGGACGGACCUGUUGCAGGCCCAGCAACAAGUGAAGCCUUCUCAACUUCGGGAGCUGAAUGUGGCUUCACCUGGGGCGCCUGCGGACGGGAAACUCGCGUUCGCUGGCUAUGCUGCUGUGCAGAAACAGCUCUUUGAAUUUGUGUCGUGGAAAUUCCACCCGACUGCCGCGAUGAGCCGCUUAGGAAUAUCUAACGCAUCCGGAAUCUUGCUAUCGGGGCCAUCAGGGUGUGGUAAAACGUUGCUGGUGCAGACCCUGGCAGCUCAAGCUAAGGUGAACUUCGUUUCUGUCAAAUCGUCUGAGUUGCUCUCCAAGUUUUUUGGCGACAGUGAAAAAGCAGUGCGUCAGCUUUUCGCUCGAGCACGUGCUGCCUCCCCGUGCCUCUUGUUUUUCGACGAGUUCGAUUCUAUUGCUCACAAACGUUCGUUUGGUGCGGGUGAUGGAGGCAGCAGUGGCGGUGGAGUCUACGCGCGAGUACUCUCGACGUUUCUCAACGAGAUGGACGGCGUGGGCUCACAGCGCGUAACAGCGUCAUCCACCUCGCAUAGUCAGGGCGGCAUUCUCGUGGUGGCCGCAACGAAUCGAAAAAAUGCUCUGGAUGCCGCUCUCGUUCGCCCAGGUCGCAUCGACAAGACUAUAGAGAUAGGAUACCCGACACAAGAAGAUGUUCAGGAUAUUCUCUUGCUUUACACGAGAAAGAUGCCGCUGGCUGACGACGUCAACAUCCAAGACCUUGCUGCGCGACCCAGAGGCUCUUGCUCGUUCACGGGAGCUGACAUUGCUGCAGUCUGCAAGGAGGCAGCAUUCCGUGCACUUCGCGAAGAUAUCGAGGCGAAGAUUGUCCGCUCACGGCAUUUCGAAGCGGCAUGGGAUCAACGCGCUGCAGCAACUCCGACGUACAUGACGCCUUUGAGAACCAAGCAGAACCCCACAGAUGUCUGA